CUUCACACACGCGCGCGCGCGCAAUCCCACACAAGCGCAACAAGAAGUUGGAGCGAGCGGAAAGGCGGUCACAUUUCCUAUGCUCACCUGCAAACGUGAUUGAUGUGGGUGUUUGUAUCAGUGGGUGUGUAUGUCACGCCUGACACUCUCACACUGACUCUUCAGGGAUGCGCUGACUUCACUUCUUUGGAUUUCAUGACAAACGUUUAGUCUCCCUCGGUGCAUCCACACGCGCGCUUCAACCACUAACCAGUACGCAAGGAGGUGGUGGUGGGGAAAGCAUCCAGGUAUCUUCGAGCAGACAAGUCUGAGUAAUUCACCUCUGUUAAGGGAGGGAAGUGAAGUGACUUUAUUUUUUUUAUACUUCACUGAGAGAGAAAGAAAGAGAAAGCGAGAGAAACUGCGCGCACUUUGUUCACCGCAGCUCUCCAGGUUUGCGCUAUAUGGAGCAGGUGUUUUACGCGGAACCAGUUUGUCUUCAGAAGGAGACUUUUGGUCCAACUUAGAGUGGCAUUCCCAAACAUCCGGUGUCAAGUUUCUUUCAAGUCAUCAACACCAACCAGACAGAGAUGGAUAACAGUCCUGGUGGCGGGGGAGUCAUCCUGUAUGCAGGGUCUUCUGGCAGUUCCAGCCCAAGCCCGGGCAGCCCUUCCAGUGGAUACCAGACGCAAUCACCUUCCUCACACUCCCAGCCCUCGUCUCCAGAAGAAUUUACCUUUACAGAAAUAGGGGUGCUGAAACAAGGGAGGACUUCAAGUUCCAACACUCCAACCUCCAAACUGGUGUUCCAGUUCCCUGAAGUCUACAAUGCUCCCUCAGCAGCAUCUGUUCCACAGCAGUCCUAUGCACACCCCAUUGCAGGGAAGAGACCCUGUGGGUUCGCCGGAACUUUCACCAAGACAGGUGGAAUGGUCCUGCUUUGCAAAGUUUGCGGCGACAUAGCAUCUGGCUUCCACUACGGAGUGCAUGCAUGUGAAGGUUGCAAGGGUUUUUUCCGUCGUAGCAUCCAGCAGAACAUCAACUACAAAAUGUGCGUGAAGAACGAGAACUGCCUCAUCAUGCGCAUGAACCGUAAUCGGUGUCAGCACUGCCGUUUCAAGAAAUGCCUCUCUGUUGGCAUGUCGAGAGAUGCUGUGCGUUUUGGCCGUAUUCCAAAGAGGGAGAAACAGCGACUUCUUGAUGAGAUGCAAAGCUACAUGAACAGCCUAAAUGAAUCAGCCUCCAUGGAUAUGGACUCUCCAGUGCAGGACGGGCCCACCAGCACAGAUGACUGCAACUCGAAAGAGGCAAUCGGGACCAUUUCCAAAGCCUAUCGGGACAUCUUCAGCGGCRGCAACAGCAGCAGCCAUGAGAGAUCUACCAAUAGGGCUAACGUUACCACAAACAACAACAACGCACAUCCCAUUUCUCAGGAUGGCAGCUUUCAAGUUUCAUCUCACCCCGCCCCCACUCAGUGUAACCAGKCAUGCCCCGUUGCCCCAGCAGUUGCAUGCCCUGUUGCCUCUAACAACAACCAGCCUGCUUUUCAUAAAGCGGACAACCACUACUCCUAUUUGAUGUCAGCAAACCAGAAUCACAACCAGUCCAAUGCAGCAAUAAGUCAAAGGGUCAGCAACAAUCCUAACAAAUUUAGCAAUGAAGAGGAUCCCAAAAACCACACCUCCUGCCCGUGGAAAUUAGCGCCAGGAGCUAAAGUGUUGGCCUGUCCUCUGAAUGCAUGCCCUGUAUCAGGGGCUGAACGCACAAGUCAGGAGAUCUGGGAGUCCUUCUCCCAGUGUUUCACCCCUGCUGUCAAGGAGGUGGUGGAGUUUGCCAAGGGCAUUCCUGGGUUCCAAGAGCUCAGCCAGCAAGACCAAGUCAUGCUGCUAAAAUCUGGCACCUUCCAGGUUCUUAUGGUUAGGUUUUGCACAUUGUUCAACGCUGAGGAGCGUACAGUGACCUUCCUGAAUGGCCAAACUUACCCUCUGUCCACCUUGCGGGCUUUGGGCAUGGGAUCUCUGCUGGAUGCAAUGUUUGAAUUCAGUGAGAAGUUGGGUGCCUUGGGGCUGGAGCCCGAUGAGAUGGCCCUCUUCAUGGCUGUGGUGCUGGUAUCUGCAGACCGCUCUGGGAUCUCAGACAUGCAAGGCGUGGAGCAGCUACAGGAGGGUUUGAUCCGCGCCCUGCGAUCUCUCAUCAGUCGCCGUCGCCCAGACGACACCUCCCUCUUCCCAAAGCUCCUCCUGCGUCUGCCGGACCUGCGAACCCUCAAUAACCUGCAUUCUGACAAACUGUUGGCCUUUCGCAUUGACCCUUAAGGAAUGCAGCUGUUUAACAUGGAAGCAAACACACGCACAACCAUGCGUGUAGAUUUUAUUUUACAAGAGCAAGACUUCCUUUAACAAUGAGGAGCGAGGAUUUGUGCAAUAAGAGUGUUUUUAUAACGGCAGUGGACAUAUUUUGGACUCACUCUUGACAUUCAUGCAAUGUUUUGAGACAGAACAUGUGAAGACGCAUACAAACCCAUGUACAUACAUAAAUCUCACCUACUGGGAAGCAUUGUUUCUGARUAGAACAUAGUUGAAAACAUACUUAGUCGAGUUAUCAUUACCGUUUGGACAGAUCGUUUGUUCAUUUCCUAAUUAUCUCCAGUGUAAUUAAGAAUAACGUUCAGUUCACAUUUAUCAGUCCAUCACUUACAAGCUGCAGCAGCUAAAUGAGUAUUGCAGAUCAAAACAUAUGACCUAGGGACCAUUGGUUUUAAGCGACUGUGUUUAAGUUUACAUUCAAAAGAAAGUAAAUCUGUAUAUGAUAUGUGUGAAACAUGCAACAUUGAGGCAAMUGUGUCUGUUUUUCAAACACACCUGCAUUGGCACAGGAAUGAGACCACUAUUUUCAUGUGUUGCUUGUGCACAACGCAGUGUUUUACWAAUUUCAUCAUCAUCAAUCAUUUGGCACGUUUGGGUUUUAACACAGUAACUUCACGAGUCACCUGCAAUUUUACUGUAUCACUGUAUUUUAUCACACCUGAACUGAUAGACACUCCCUUGGACUUUUGAGCUCCUAUGUUUAUUUUUGUCACUGUAAAUACUAGGUUGCCCUAAUAUAUUUGUAUAAUUUGCUGAAGAGAUUUAAUGAAAUGAAUAAACUGUAUGAGAUUCUGAUGUAAAAAAAAGGAAAAAGAAUGUAUUCACCUUUCUGUAUGUAUUCAGUAGGGUCUGUGCCAAGAGGACACUGCACAAGAGAGUGUGUUGUAGGGAUUCUCAGAUGACCUGGGCACGCUUCUUAAUAUUACAUAAUGUAUCCAACCAGCAUAAUCCCUGAUAUCACCAGCACUCAGUUCUCAUGCACCCUUCCUCUGCCCCAAUGUUUGUCAUACAAACAAAAGUGAUAUUUUGGAGUAAAAAAAAUCUACUUUGAUUGGUCCUCUCACUGUUUGCCUGUUUGAUGAAGACUUAUUGAGCACAUCUUGUACAAUUUGUAAAUGUUUCCUCUGAAAUAGAAACAAUUCAAUGAUAUAAAGUUCAAAUUAUGUAUC